ACUAGAGGGAGUAUGACACAAAUGAUUCAGUCUGUGAUCAUUACCAUGAAGUGUAUGCAGGCGCGGGCGAUGACGUUUUUGUGUAUCUGGCAGUACUAUCUGUCUCAUGAAUACAGGCCACCGAAAAUUGUCUACCCUGAUAAAAAGCUAGUUUUGAAGUUUCGAGCCUUGAUCGCAUUCGAAGUUAACUGCUCUGCUACCGGAGACCCUCAGCCAAUAAUCAAGUGGACAUACAACGGAAUUUAUAUUCAGCCGACUCUAAACACCUACGUAAACUUGUCAACAGGAGCUCUAACGUUUACAUUCUUCCGAUCAGAAGAAGUCGGUAUCUACAGAUGUAUUGCUACCAACACUGCUGGAAGACUCACUGUCUCCAGCAUGUCUCCAAUGGUUCAUUUGCUUGAAGCAAGGCUUGAAAACUUUGGCCAAAUCUCUUUAAACAUAACGCAUGCAGUGAAUGAGUACGACUAUUUACGACUGGACUGUGACGACACCAAAUCUUCCGUGGCCCCUAAACUAGCAUACACCUGGUUGGAUAAACACCGAGUGGUGAUUGAUUCUCGGAGUAACCGACUUUUUAUUGACCAGCGAGGAAAUCUACAUUUCACAUACUUAUCCGUGAAUGACACGUAUGUCCAAGGCUACUACUGUGGGAUCUACAUGUAUGUGGGAAUUUAUCGACACACCAGCGUCGGCACCAAACGUUAUUUGACUGUUGCUUCAAUGCCGAAUCCCAAAUUUGCAAUCGCGCCAAAAUUAAGGUACAGCAACAGUGGGGUCAAAGCCUUGAUAUCCUCUACGGCCAUAUUGGAAUGCGUCUUUUCUGGAUACGAUCCUGUGCCGCCCUUUCUCCCUGUCAUCACUUGGAGGAACCGCGCUGGAGAGAUAUACACCAACACCACGAAAUACAGAGUCUCCCAGGACGGAAGACGGUUGAUUGUCAAGAACGUUCGGAUCACAGAUGAGCAGGCGUAUUUUUGUCAGGCCAGAAACAUUGCCGGGAUCGAUUCUUCUUCGGUCUCUUUGGAUGUAACAUCCGGACCAGUCUUCGCUAAGGGGCCGCCUGCAGAUCAAACAGUGGCUCCUGGUGCCAACGUCUCUUUUCAGUGCGACGCCAGAUCACUCCGUGGAGAAGCUUCUCCGAGAAAUUUUGUCUGGUAUAUUAACAGCAAGCCGAUAGCAGAACAAUACGACACAAACAAGUUCCAGUUUUCUCCGGAUAACAAAAUGCUGACAAUCACAAGAGUAAACAAAGAUACAGACAUUAUGUGUGUACAGUGCGACAUUUCAAAUGAUGUUGACACGGUUUCCGCUAGCGCAUGCCUGAAUAUUGAAUCUAUAUCAAGAGCAGACAUCUACUCUCCGAGUAGUUUCUGGAUAGUAGUUUAUGUAACUAUGGCCGGCAUCUGUCUACUUGCAUUUCUUCUGGGCUUGUGGGCAGCGUGCAAUAAACGCAAAGUCGAAGAGAGCCGAGAUGAAUAUGUGUAUAAAGACCUAAGACGUAAAAGUGAAGAGUCAUUGAAUACAGGCAUGGAGUCCGAUUCUGUUGAUGAACAUGUCAAGGAAAGUGAAACUCUCUCGACUACCCGUACCUCGGCGACCACAGCUGAUAUUUAG